UUUUGUUGUCAUGUUGUAGCACGAAAAAAUUGAAUGAAAAUGAAGAAAUUGUAUGAAAAAAGAUUGUUUGACCAAAUGUAGACUCUCCGACAUGCAGACUAGAACUGAAGUUACCCCAAGCCUAUGGGUGAAAUCUGAACCUUUUAGCUAUGGAGCAUUUCCUAUUGCACCUCAUCCAAGACUAGCAUAUAAUAAUGUGAAGAAGAUUGUGAUAUAUGCAAAAAACAAAGGGUCUUCUGGAUUUCCUAAAUUAAAUUAUUCAGUGUGGAGACACAUUGCUUGCAACAAAUUACACUUAUCAGAGGACUUGGCAUGGAUAUAUUUUUCAACUUGUCAUCUUUUAAGUGAGGACUUGUCAGCCAUUGAAAGAGUGGAAUGGGAUCAACGAUUUACAGAGUGUACUCAUCAGUCAGAAGUGGAUGAACUUCGUUCACAAGUUUCUGUCGGCACUCUGAAAUUUGUUUUGUAUCUAUACAUUCAGCAACUUCACAAAGUCUCCCUAAAAGCCUCAUUAGUAGCAGGAGAUGAAUGGCCAAGUUUGAAGAAUUCUCAGGAACUAGAGGGCUCUGGAAGAGGCACACCAAGAGGCAACAAAACCUUGGAUGACCACAGUCAUAUGUUAUUUGUUCAGCACAACAUUCAGGAGAUUUUGGAGCUACUUGUGGAACCUGAAAAUUACAGCCAGACCCAUCCAGCUGAAUCAGCACUGACUGUAGAGGCUGUGGAAGCUAUGGGGUUUCUUAUCGCUGGCUCAAUUGACAAAUGUCGUUCUUUAGUCCCAUUACAAGACAUUGCUACGUUACAGACUGUUCAACACAAGAGUGGUUUUUCUAAAAUGACAAGGACUUUUAAUUUACGUAAAUUAAGCACCUGGCUUAAAGAUUCUUUGGUUCAGAAUCCAUUUGGAAUAUCUUCCUGUAUAGCUAAUGGGCGUCGCCUGUCUUGGCCAAUGGCUGGAGAGGAUAAGGAGGCAAUGGCAGAGUCAACAACAAAGAGAGGCAAAAUAGCAACCAAUGCACAUGUUGUUCCUAAAGAGCAAGUGAGAGGAAACAAAAUUAUCAUUAUGAGUCAAGUCAGCAAGCAGACCAUCGCAAGGAGUUCAGGCACACUGGAAGGAAGCAGUGUUAAAAUUCACAGAAGCCAUUAUUCCUAUUUGUAUCUUUUAUCACCUCUUAGGUCAGUCACCAUUGAAAAGUGUCGUAACAGUACUGUGAUAUUGGGACCUAUUGAAAUUGCUUUAUAUAUCAGUCACUGCGAGAACUUAACAGUGAUUUCUGUGGCUCGAAAUGUAAUGAUCAGUGGAAGUACCUCAUGCACUUUACAUCUCCUCACUCCUAAUCGACCUGUCAUUUUAGGUGGCAAUGAAUCAAUAACACUGGCCCCUUAUCACACAUUUUUUGGAACCUUGGAGGAACAGAUGUCCAAAAGUGGCAUAGGAGUCAGUCGGAAUUUGUGGGAUCAACCCCUCUGUAUUGGUCCAGAUCAUAAGGACACUACCCCAGUCUGGGAAACACUGUCUACACAAGAUUUCUUCACCUUCAAUGUUCCUUUUGAAAUUGAGGGAAAGACGAGGAGUAUUCCAUUGCCCUUGCCUCCAAAGUAUCAAAAAGCCAUAAGUCAACGUCAGAAGCAAAUAGAUUCUUGGCAGAAAACAGUGAAAGAGUCGGGAUUGUCAAAAGAACAGAGAAAAGAUUUUCAGAAACUUGUGGAAUCUCGUUUCCAUGUUUGGCUUUCAGAAACCGGUCACAAGCGUGAAUUAGAUAGUCUUGUAGUGCCUUUACAAAAUCAAACACUGAAAAAGUGACCUUGUGAUAAACAUAUUUUAUAUCCUUACCAAUGAUGAAGCAUAAAGUACUUAGUAAAUAAUUGUUACUGAACUGCAUGACUUUUUUAGAAUAAUGAAUUGUAGAUUUUAAGAGUGCUUAUAUAGGAUUAAAUAUGUAUGACUAUAAUUUUUAAGAUCUAAAAAUCCCAUUACUAGGAUCCAAAGUGCCACCAGUAUUACCAGUGAUUAAUAAAAAUUAAAUGGUGUUCAACAUCAUCA